GAAAAGCUUCGGUGACUCGAAUGGCGGAGUCAUCGGAUACCGUUCGAAUGUGUUUUCCGCGGUUGGUUCUGUGGAAACGGAUUUAGAUUACCCAGUGAGUAAUUUUGAGUAAUCCAGUCAAUGGUCGGAGGAGUUUUUUAAUGGAUGGAAAUUAGUUUAUCGUGUGCUGGUGCGAAAGUUAUUUAUUAAUGUCGAUUAUGAAAGGCGAUUGAAGAGACGACAGCGCCAUCUGUAGGGAAUUGGGAAAUUUGUUGGUUAAGUAUUGUUCUGUUUUAUCAACUGAUAGCGUUGUUGGAUUUUUGGAAAGGAGUCGGUUUAUAUAUGGAAUGUAGAGAGUAAAACUCAAUCAUUAAGAUAACUUAAAACGUUUGCCACUCGCCAGGAGUUCGCUUUCGUUCGGGAAAAUGAACGUAUGGCAGCGAAUAAUAUUCUGUUACUCUGGCAAGGGAGUAUUUCCACCGUGGAUCAUGAUCUAUCUCAUCGAAGAUCUAUGACACGACAACGGACGCUAUAGCAAUUCGUAUUUUUAUAAAUCGACGACAACGGUCAAACGUUCAACGGUGAAUGGUUCGAGACACAUGUUUUGAAAUGUAAUGGAUGACGAACGGACUGCUGAUCGUUCAACAAUUAACCAUUGACAUCGUCUACUGUUGGUCGACUAUUAAACGAUCGUCGAUUUGAUUUUAUUAAUGAAAUGAGUAAAGCAACGGACGAUGAUGAUCGCAGGAGACGCUCUUUGGAGGCUGGCAGAGAGAUGCUGGAGAAGUACAAGGCGGAAAGAAUUAAUAAAGCCAGAGGUAGUGGUCACAGUCAAACAGAUGAAGCAUCCGAUGAAGAAUCUUUUCAUAAUGACAGAUCUAUUGGACACAGGGAGUCUUACAUCCAUGAAGGUGUUUCGUCAAGAGAUGUGACACAAAGCAGUGUUAGUAUGAGCGAAGGAGAAGCUGAUGGUGACUUAGAAGGACUUGCAGGGAGGGUAGCUCAGUUGGAGGAAAUGCUACAAGGAAAGGAAGCCAUAGUUGAGGCUUUGCAUGCUGAGAUAGAUCACUUACGAGCUGAGGCUUCCUCUCCUAAUUCUUCACAAAGUCAAAACAGCAGUAUACAUGGCAGAGAUAUUAUAUCAUUGUAUCAUAUAAAGUUUCAGGAGUUUGAGAAAGCAAUAAAUAAACGUGACAAUUUAUUAGAAGAAUUAACAUGGUCUUUGCAGCAAGCAUUGUCUGCCAGAGAUAAUCUUGUUACCCAGUUGAAUUCUUUGAACGCCAUGCAGAUUCCAGACAAGGAUCGUGCUUGUACAGUAAACACUGCAAAUAUGCAGGAUAAGAUUGACUCUUUAGAAGCCACUUUAAACGACCAAAGAUCGAUGAUACAAAAAUUAAACGGUCAGUUGAUGCAGACUCAGGAACAUGUACAGACAUUAGAAAUGGAGAAAGAGACUCGAAAUGCCGAGAUUAAUGACUACAAGUUGCAAAUAAACAAUUUAAAUGAACAGAUUCGUUUAGGUGCAGCUGAUAAGAAUUUAAACAUUGCUGAGACUUUAGAACAGCAAAAGCAAUAUGAGGCACGCGUUGAUAAAAUAAAGCAAGACAUGCAGCAUAUUCUAGAAAAAUUCACGACUGAAACAAAUAUAAACACUGCGCGUCAUCAACAGGAGUUAAAAGAGGUAGCUGCAAAACACGAAAUGGAAAUAAUGAAUAUUCAAGAGAAAUACGAGGACCGCUUGAAACAAUUAAAAGAUGAAAAUAAAAUAUUAGCCGAUCGUUUGAAUAAAGAGUUACCUGAUCUGGAAACCAGACAUGCUAAAGAACUUUCUAUAUUCCAAGCACAAAUGGGUCAUUAUAAGAAAACCGUUGAAGCUUUGAAACUAGAGUUAGUGAAUAGAUCAGAGGCUCAACAAACUGCACAGGCUGAACUCAAUCAGUACAAAGCUAAGGUAAACGAACUGAAAGUUCAAGCUGAGAAUACGCUACACAUCAGAAAUUUGGAUCAUCAAAAGGAAAAGGAAAUGUUAAGUGAGCAGAUUAAAUUGCAUAAAUUACAACUGGAGGAAAUGACAUCAAAAUACGUUACCGCAACGGCGAUUCUAGAAUCUAAGGAGAGCAUUGAACGUUCCUUGGAACAGGCUUUGACGAGCGCUGCAGUAUUGAAAGAUGAGAAUGACAGCUUGAAAUUCAAAUUGGACGACUUAUCGUCGAGAUACUCAGCAGCUCAGUCGUUAAUUGAAAAUAGCCAAGCACACGAACGAACCAUGAGUAACAGAAUCUUUGACUUAGAGAAAUCGUUGUCCAGACUUAGCGGUAUAAAUGCGAGUACACUGAGCGAAUUUAACGAAACCUCUUACCAGAGUUUCGAUGAAGUAGCGAUUCAGUUUCACUUGGCGAAGCAGAAACUCAACGAGAAAGCGGAAUUGGAAAAGCUUCUGGUUGAGAAAAUUGAGAACCUCGAAGGUGACGUACGCAAGACGAAGGAGGAGUUAGAGGAAGCAAAUUUAACCAAAAAAUCCUAUGAGAAGCAAUUAAAAGACACAAGGAACUUGUGCGAUAAGUACAAGUCUGAGCUCAGUUCAUUGAAAAGUCAUGAUUUAGAUCGUCAGAGUUCUUCGCAAGCUGACAAUGAAAAGUUAUCUAGUCAGAGUAAAAGGGAUUUAUUGCAAAAAGCUGAAGAGGACCAACAAGAAAUCAAAAAGCUUAAAAUUACUUUGGAACACAAAGAAGCGGAACUUGCCAGCUCCGUUAAGAAGAUGCAAGAUUUGUCAGAAAAGUUUAAAAAAUCCGAGGAGGAGUGCGAGCAGCUGAAAAAGGGAUUAAGUGCUGCAUGGGCUCAGUGCGCAGAGGUUGAAGAGAAGUUGAAUCAAACGUUAGCGUUGAGUGAGAGUAAACUUGACUUCUCUCUACCGACGUCCAGUUUUAAUAGUACCUCGAUGAAGCAAAUUAAAGUAGGUAGAACUGCGAACGACUCCGUGAACACUACACACGAUCAAAGUGCAGACAUUAACAAACUGUAUUAUGAGAACAACGAGGAGCGAAAUACCGUAGCAUUACUGCAAACAAAGCUCACAGUGGCCACAGAGGAAAACGAAAAAUUAAUCAAGCAACUGGAACAACUGACAGAAAAACAAGCUGAUUACGAUGAGCUGAAAGAUAAAGUAGAACAUUAUUCCAGCCUCGCCGAGAACUUGGCAACUGAAAAACAUUGCACGGAGGAGCAAAACAUAGCCCUGAAGAAAGAGUUAAUGGUCCUACCUACAUUACAGGAUUCUGUAAAUCAAUUGAGAAUGGAGAAAGAAUCGUUGAAGAAGGAGAUAGAAACAUUGAUUUACGUUCAUGACGAGCAAAUAAGCGCGAUAAAAGCUGAAACUAAUUCAGAAAUUAGGAAAGUGCAAUCGUUGGUGCUGGGCGUGAAGGAUGGCACUACAGAACUACACGAUUUAAAAACAGAACUAGAGAAACGGCACGCGAAAGAGAUGGAGGAGUUGCGAACGUAUUUCGAACAGAAGUGCCUGCUGAUGGAGAAACAGUAUUCGGAGGAAAUAUUUAGUCAGCAGUCGAAGAAAAUGUCUGAUAACGACAGUGAGAUAGCAGACUUAACAGAAAGUUUAUAUUUCGGUGGCGCCGGGGACUGCCUAAAUGCGUCGAAUCUCUCCGAACGUAGUUCAAGAGUUGCCUCUCCGUUAGGCGAGGACCAAUCAAAACACAACAGCAACAGUUUCAACAAGUGUGAGCUGGAGUCAACUAUCAAAGCAUUGCAACUGGAAUUACAAAAUAAAAUAAUAAAAGUGCAGGAGCUGAAGCUGCACUAUGAAAAGGCGUUGGACGAUCAGAAGAACAAAUAUGAAAGAGAGCUGUAUAAAAACAGGGACGAGAAACACGAAUUCUUGAGAAACGUGGUGUCCCAGCAUUGUCAAACAGAGUGGGAUGUGGGUGCGUUGGAAAACGGUGAAUUAACUCAACUGCGAGCAGCCUACAACCAUCAAUUGGAAGAACAGAUUGCACUAGCUAAAUUGGAUAUUGUCAAUGCGCUUCAGGAACAGAUUCAGGCCCUCCUGUCAGUGGAUUCGGACGUUGACGAUAUUUGGUCACCAGAGUUGCUGGAGUUACGCGAUAAGCUCACCAGCAAUGCGAAACGCGAAAUGCAACUACUUAAGGAUGCUCAUGCCGCAGAAGUGCAACGAUUGAAGGAGGAAUAUUCCCGCAAUGUAGCCAGAAUGAUAGAUCGCCAUCAAGAGGAGCUGAAUAAAGUCAGAGAUAGCAGCCCAGAUUUUAAUGAAAUAAAAGAUUCUAACAGAACAGUACCUAUGAAUGCCAAUAUUUUAGAAGAGAGGAAUAGUUUGCACAGAACUUGUGCCACUCUUAAAACUUUGGUCGACGAACUGGUGAAAUAUUUUGUCGUGUGCGAAGAGGAAAUUAACAACACUCUCAUCAGUGAGGUUCUGAAAAGGCAAUUAAGCGACAGCGUCAAUAAUGAGAGGACCAUGCAAACGGAUGAAGCUGAGAAAUCAAAGAAUAAAGAGGCUAAUCUUAAAUUAAAUACAUCUCAAUUGAAAGUCCGAAGGGUUCACUUUGCCCCACAAACCACUGAAAUAAUAUCGAUAAUAAAUAGCAAUAACGAGACGUUGCAAAAUAUAUUGAAAGAAAAUGACGGCAUCACGGAGAAAUUGAAACAAGAAUUGAACAGCUGCGUGCGUCGUUUGAAGUCUGAGAGCGCUGAAAUUUUGGGUAUCUCGUCAAACACUAUCAUGUCGUCCAGCACUAGCGAAGAUCAACAUAGCGCUCUUGCAAAAGAAAUCGCGUGGAUGAAGAAAGUGAACGAGGAGCUAAAUUCGAAGCUACUCGAAGCUGAAUCCUUGAUUAUGAACUACCAGGAAGAGACGGAGCAACUGAAAGUCACCAUUCUUGACCUCCAAAGAAAGUUGAUUAACAUAGAAAGCAAAAAGGAGAUAAUUACCGAAGGCUACGGGGAGAACGACGAAGUCGGCGCAGAAAUUACACUCCAAGACUUCUCGCAAUUACAGGAGAAAGCGAGACACGUAUUGUCAAACGGAGGUGGAGACUGUACAGACCUGUUGCAGUUGAUCGAAGAACUAUGUAGACAGAGCGACAAGUUAAUGGAAGACGCCAGAAAAGAGAAAGAAGAUUUGCAGCAACAGGUGCCUUUAGAACCCACUCCUCCCUCAUACAUUCACAGGGUUUGCUGCCGAAAGAUCGAGGUGGCAGAUAAACAGUUGAAAGCGACUCGCAAAUUCUUGGAUGAGCAAGCAAGCGAAAGAGAAAUUGAACGGGAUGAGGCUGCAAAACAGAUACAUGUUUUACAGGAACAGAUUAAGGAGCGUGAACGCGAGAAGGAAAGAGACUUGCGCAUCACCUCAGAGCAGUCUACACUAUCACCUGAACCAACGUCAGACGUCCCUGUGCUUCAAACAUCUGACAUCAGUGCUACUGUGGAGGCACUCGAGUCUCAGAUGAGAGAAAUGUCAUCCCUUGUAUCUGACACGGAAGCAAAGAAGAUGGAAACUGAGAUUGAACUGAAAGCAGCCAUUGACAAGAUCUGGGUGUUAAGAGACAUUAUCACCGACUUGGAGCAACAGUUGCAAGCUAAAACUGAGAAAGAGGAGUCUUUGCAGCUUCAAAUCAGCCAAUUAGAAACCGUGAUCGCUGCUCAGACAAAGAAUCAACAAGAAUUGGUUCAAGAGUUGGAUACGGUUAAAAUGGACAAUGAAAGCAAACACCUUAACGAGCACAUCAAUCACUUACAGGAGGAAUUAAGAAAGCACAAACUGAGUUCGGAACAGUUCAAUGUAAAUUCUAUUGCACUGAAACAGAUGAAGGCAGAGCUUCGGGAGAUGCAGGGUCAUUUAGACAAAAGGAUCAAAGACUUGGAGUCCGCGCAUAUGUGUAGCUCUAAUUUGAGUUUGAGUCAGCCUAGCGAAGACGUUUCCAUCAGGGAGCAAAUAGAUGCGACACGUUGUCCAACGCCAGAUGAUCCCACAUCACCGCCAAUGUUGCCUCUGGACCAGUUGCUUAAGCUCAAAGAGAAGAUGAUAAAACAAGCCAGAGCCGAAGACGUUGCAUUUAAGAGGAUCAAAGACUUAGAGAUGCAGGUAGCUGCUCUGAAGAAUCAGAACGAAGAUCUGCAAGUGGAGCAGGAGAUCCUGCAACAAAUGACCUCCGAACAAUUGUUCCAAAUAGAAGCGAUGCGUGGUCGCUUGGAGCAGCACAAGCAGAGCGCCCCGUUCGCUCAAAGACAAGCGACGUCGCGUUUGGAAUUGCAGCUUCACGAAGCGAACACGAAAUUCCAGUCGCUGGAGUGCGCUAUCGCGGAGAAGGAUUUAGAACUGAAGGACAUGCAGAACCAAUUGGACAGAGUUAAUCAACUGUUGCAGGAGAAGGAAGCGGAGAUCGCUAACGUUGUGGAGGUGGAGAGCGCCACCAUUCAAAAGUUGAAAGAACACUUGGAGGUAGUCGAGGAGGAAAAGAGGCUUCUACAGGCGAAAGUUGGCGUUCAGGAACAUGCCCAACUGGAGCUGCCGCGAUUGAUUGACAGUAUGCUAGCCGACAAAAACGAGGAAAUAGAUCAUCUGAAGGACCAGUUGUCGAAGAAGGAAAAGCAACUGGAAUUGUAUUCCUCGUUGAACCUGGAUGAGACUCAGCUGAAGGAACUAAUGCGACAUACAGAAGCAAAGAACAGUGCUCGCACCUUGAGCGACAUUUUAUCCAUUCAUUCGGAAUGUGAAGAGACAACUGAAGCCAUUCGAGCGGCUAAUUCUACACAGAUGUUGCCAAAUAUAUCUGCCUUCAAAGUUCCUACCCCAUUUGCCUCAGCUAAAAUUGUGGAUGACUCGGCAACGCCCCUAAUCGAUGUUUCUAAGGGAGUACACGUACCUCCAUUGGAUCUGGGCUUGAACUCUCAAAGCUCGUUGGCCAUGUCCAAUCAGCCAUCUUUGGUUAUGGACUUAUUGCACAGUGGAUUGGACUCCAGAACUUCGGAGAACAAUAUGACAACGGACGAGACGGAUAGGGUUUCGUCUUCAAAGCCAGAAUGCUCGAGGAUCCAGGAAUCUUCGGAGAAGGAAUCUCGUAGUAAAACUGAUAACAAGUCUUGUGUUACUUCCAUGAAGUACACUCAGACUUCGGUCAACGAAAUACAGAAUUUGGAAAGUCAACUGGAAGCUGUCCGGGAGGAGCUGCUGAAGAAAUUGGCGACUUUGGAGAGACGCGAAGCAGAUUUGAUAUCCCUACAGAAAAUGUACGAUGAACUGCAAACGGAGUUCAAAACAGUUGUGGAAACGCUCACCACAGACAAGUGCUUUUAUCAGAAUCAGUACGAAGCGUCGAAGGUGUCUGAAAGUAAAAUCAAGAAGGAUCUGUUGGAGGUGGAGAAUGUUCUGAAGCAGAGAACUGAAGAGAUCCAGGAGCAGAAGAGCAAGAUGCAGGUUAACGAGAAGAUUCUAAUGGAGUUGAAUUUGGAGAAUACCAAGUUGAAGGAGGACAUGAAGGACAAAGAGCAGGAACACGCGAAGAAGUGCGCUGUAUUGAUACAGGAGAACACGAAGGCGUUGGACAGCUUGAAGGACAGUGUUCUUGAGAAGGAUAAACAGUUGCAUGAACUCAGAACCAAAAAUGAAUUGUUGAAGCAAGAAAUCGUUGAGUGUCAAAACGAGAUCCAGAGGUUGACGGAGGGUCUAAACCAUAGGGACCAGACAAUCAGACGAUUGGAAGAGAUGGUCAGACGUACCAGUUUCUCGGGAACGUCUUCACCUUCCAAUGAAAAAGACGAAGAGAUCCAUCAUCUGCAGGAAUAUUUGAAGGAGAAGGACAAGGUUAUACGACAGAUGAGCGAUGACAGCAAGAGCUUGCACAGAGCUUUGGAAACCAUACAGAACAAGAUGAAGGAAUCCGGUAAUGUGGUGGAGUUGAGGAAGAAGUUGAAGGAAGAACAAAAAGUGAACGCUGAAUUGACGAACACGGUGGAUAAACUGAGCAAGGAACUGUGCGAUUUAAAGUUGGCCGCGCAACGGUCACAGGAUGACACUGAUAUUGAAGACAUGGUACAAAGAGAGCUGAAUCUAUCGGCUCACCUGGACAGACAAAUUAUGAAUGCCAUUGAGAGCGACCAGGAGGAACGACCUUGUAAAGUGGAGAAUGAAAUGCAGUACAGGGAGUACCAAGAGGGAGCUCAAAGAAAUAGUGAAUUAAAAUUACAAUUAAGUCAGGCGAACAGGAUCAACGACAAACUAAAGAAGUUAAAGGACGAUUUGGAGAUUGAAAGGGGAAUGCUUAAGUGUCAGAUCGCCGAGUACGAAAGCCGGAUUUUCCAACUGAAGUCAGACUUAACAGAGGAAUGUAAGAAAGUCGCGAAGCUCAAUGAAGAAUUGUUCUCUGAGAAGAACUUGGUUAGGAGUUUGAAGAUUCAAAUUGAGAAGGAGCAUAGGUCUAUGCAGUCGGGUCAUUUGCAGGACUCAGAGUUGAUCGAGUUUCUUCAGAAUAAGCUAAAGACUUCUCUGGACAAUGAAGCGAAGUUACGCAAUGAUCUUUCAGUAUUACGGCAAGAACACAAAAGCCUGGAGAUACAGUUGAGUCUGAUGAAGGAGCACGUACAGUCUCAGAAGUCGGACGAAUUACCAAAGCUAGCGGACCUCCUGGAAACCGAGAGGAAAAAGUAUUUGUCGCUGAUGGAAAGUUUCGAGAAGGAGGAGCGUAACGGGGCAGAAUUAAAGGAUACUUUAAGGAAGUUGCAAACGGAGAAGAACCGAUUGCAGAAGCAAUUAGAGGUGGAGGUGGAGGAGAAAGAAAAAUUGAUAAGUAGCCUUGCCCUCGUCAAAGGGAUUAAGGACCAGUUGCAAAUGGAUCUCAGCCGUACCAAAGAUGAAUUGAAAUCACGAGAGGAGGAGUGCGAGUGGCUUCAGAAAAGGAUUAAAACUAUGUCUGACGCGGAAAGCAGGAGACAGGAGCAAAGCACUGACGAGCAUAAUGAGCUUAAGGGAUUGAGGAGGGAGAUCAAUAAUGCGAGGGAAGUCAUGGUGGAUUUAGAAGCUGACAUGAAGCAGUCGAAGAGAGAACUGACGGAGUCCCUGGAACGCGAAAUGAAAUUAGCUGAAACCUUGGAAGCUUUGAAAGAGAGAGAAACCAAUCUGCUUAAGAAAUUAUUUGCAGCUAAAGAUGAGGAAAAGAAGUUAAGGGAUACAAUUGCAGAGUUGCAACAGGAUUUGAGGCUAUCCACGGAAAGGGAAUUGGAGUUUACAAAAGAAUUGACUAGCAGAUACGCUGGGGAUAAGAAUCAACCUACCAAAAUGCUACAGAAAAUUAAGAAGGAUCUCAGUGAUGGCUAUAAAAAGUAUCUGAAUGAGAAGAGUACGCUUCAAGAGAAGCUCCUGAAGGCACUGGAAGAUAAGGAGCAGCUUAGUCAACGUGUGAAAUUACUUGAAACACGCGUGAAGCGUUACACUGAAUCGCAUGAUGUAAACGCAGCAAUGGGUGGAGAUCAGGCAGACAAAUUGUUACACUUGUAUGGGAAGUAUAUGCGAGCAGACAGUAGACGCAAGGCUUUAACGUACCAGAAGCGUUACCUGCUGAAGGUAGUGGGUGGCUAUGAGAUCUCAGUGGAAAACACGUUAGCGUUCCUCGCACAUUUAACCAGUGAACAACGAUCUUACGUUACCGCGGGCCGCCAUAAGAAGAUGUCACCGAGGGUACGUUUCAGGAGUGCAGCUCUAGUCCUUAUUAGUAUUCACCGAAUGAAAUGGUUGAUCGUGAGGUGGAGUAUCGGUAGACGGAUAGGAGUUACGACGUUGCUGCGGAAUGCGGAUCAGGCGUACACGCCGGUACAAAAGAUUGUCAUGAACCAUUCACCACCUGUUCGAGAAAGACCUAGCGUCAACGAGGACGGCAAUUUUGAAGGAUUCGCGCUUGAACAGUAUUGUCAACGAUUUAGGAAUAUUCAACAAACAUUGGGUCUAGCGAUGGCUAAGUCUGGAAAUCGUUAGACUCGUUCGUUCGUAACGUUUUAAUCGUUUAAGUCUUCUAAGCAUGAAGAGACAAGCAUGAACAAAACGUACUCUGAGACUGUGAUUAAAAUAUCACGUUGUUUUUCGCAUGCGGCGGUGCCGAUUCGCAUGGAAUUAUCCCCGUUUUCAUUUGUACCACUGAACGAUGUAACGACAGUCAACGGACAUUUCAAUUGGGGAACAUUGUUGGUUCACGAUCGUUCGGGACAUGUAUUUUUCUUACGGAGUGUAAAUAAGGAAUGUAGCAUAUAGUGACUACGAUUGUUGAACACGCGUUAAAUCUUCUCACUGAUUUACUGCAUCCGUGUGCUAGUAAGGUUGGCACUAUAAAUCCGAACGGCUCGGACGAGAACGAGAACUAUAGUGUUAAAUAACUGUGCUCAUAUAUCAUGUUUUACCAAAGUUACGAUAGAUUUUAUUUUUAAUUGUACUCUGUUACUCCUGUUAAGGAUGUGAACCUGUGCCUUGUCAACUAUAAUAAUUGUCUAGUAUUUAUUUAUUAAUGGACUGUAAGUUUUUAUAUCGUGAAUAAACUCUAUGCAAUUACUUUUUAUAAAAAACCAGUGAAAGAUGGAUAAUCAAUAAUUCGUAUCGUUUGAAAUUGUUCGUAUAUUUUAACAAAAACAAAAAAGGGGAAACAAGAGUAUCAUCCUAUGUCAGUUCAAUGACACGUACAACGCUCGUUGCCUUGUGUAUUUUUCUUUUUUAAUAAAUACGAUCACAAUUAGAAUCAGUUGCAAUACUAUUUGAAAUGUGCAAUAUCUCCUUUUUUUUCUUUUUUGCCACUGAUUGAUAGGUGUUUAACAGCGAUUCAAAAUAGUGGUCAUUGUCGAUGAGGAUUUUGAAUCCUGUUAUCAUAUACAUAAUUCAGAAUUACUUCAACACUGGAAAGGAAGUCCGUU